CACCAUAGCGCAGGAUACAGAAUUGACCCUCUGAAUCCCCCUUUUAUCGAUGAUAAGCGCCUCUAAAAGUGGCUAAUAGGCCUUCUGAUUGGCUAGUAGCCACUUUUAGAGGCGCUUUUACCGAUAAAAGGGGAUUCAGAACACAGGCCUAAAUCCUUAUUGUGAAUUUGAAGAUACGUAUUGCCAAAAUGUGACUAUAAUAGUGAAUUCUAACUUGUUAAUUCAGAUUUUUGUCAACCUGAAUGUAAUUUAUUAAACGCACAUGCAUAUUUAUGUAUCUUUUAUAUAUAUAUUGUAAAACACAUUUAAUAUAUUUUAAAGUGUCCCGGUUCCAAGAAUGGACUUUCGUCAAGUUCUUUCGACAAAAGUGCGAUCGCACGAACUUCGUAUACAAAUCGCAGCUGCCGUAACCUAACCUAAUCCUUCAGCUUUUGAACAGUUGACGGCGACUCGCACGGUUCGCGCGUGCAUACAUUUUACGUGCACAUUUAUAGGACCCGAGGCACCGGACGCAGUCUGAAUUUUGGCACCAGUCAUGUCGCGACGUACAAAAUUCGCGUGAGAGCUGACGCUUUAACAAACGCCGCUGGAUCUCGCCGACAAAUUUCUCGUAGGUACCCCCGGAGGGUAAAAUGUCCGAGCUGGGGUUAACGUUCGAGGAGGAGCUCUCCGUGGACCUGUUCUCGGAUCUAGAACUGUCGCAGAGCACGAACAAUGCCGCCAAUUCGGACUCGAGUUCCAUGUCAGUUAACGAGCCCGAGCCCUCCGACGACGUGCCCGAGUGGAAGGGCAUGAGCAUGGACGAGAUACGCAAGGGUCUCGGCGUCUACGAGUAUCGGGAGCAUCCACCGAUCGUCGUCUCCCCUCGCCACACAGUAUUAUUCAUGUUGCCGUUGCGUACGCAUGGACCGCCAAAGCCGUAUCCGACGCAUCAAACGGACAAAUGGAGCCAGGGCUACGUACGGAUGCCGUAUUCUUCGCAUAGUUUGUAUCCGAUAGAACAGAGAAGUGGAAGUCGCGCCUGCCGAAACAGAUGGGAGAUGAUCCAGGAAGCUUUGCUGAGGAGCAUUCUCUCCAGCCAACAAUUGGAAGAAGCUAUACUUUCGUACAAUCAAUUGUACGCACAGCGCUGGAACUUUGCAGCGCUCCAUCACUUUUUCUCAGAGGUUAUGGAUUCGGAAGAGACGACCAUAUUCUUUGAAAUUUUGAUGCCGAAGUUGGUGCAGUUGGCCCUGCAGCUUCCUGAAUUGUUAACUGGUGCGGUACCCUUGUUGAAACGACACAGCAACGGCUCCAUCAGUUUAAGCCAGUUACAAGUAGCUUCGCUACUGGCAAAUGCAUUUUUUUGUACAUUUCCCAGACGCAAUUCCAGUAAUCCGCAAUCGGAAUAUGCGAUGUAUCCAUAUAUUAAUUUUAACAGAUUGUACGCGGCUUACAAUGAAAAACACAGCCAGUGCGAGUCGGUGAUGGAAAAGAUUAAGUGUCUUCUCCAUUAUUUCAGGCGGGUAACAACUAAAGCACCUGAAGGUAUAAUAACAAUUGAACGACGUUACGUCCCGUUGGAAAGCUGUCCAAAGUGGAAUUUGCAAGACCAGAAAUUGCCACCGUUACACAUAACGAGUAAAGGGACCAUCGAAUGUGAGGGAGCGGGAUUGCUCCAAGUGGAUUUUGCAAACAAAUAUGUGGGCGGAGGUGUGCUAGGCUUAGGCUGCGUGCAGGAAGAAAUACGAUUCGUUAUAUGUCCAGAACUUAUGGUUACUAUGCUGGUCACGGAAGAACUAGACGAUACGGAGGCACUCAUCGUCAGCGGUAUCGAGCGGUACUGUAAAUACGAGGGGUACAGCAACACUUUCAAGUGGAAAGGCGAUUUUGUAGACGAGACACCGAGGGAUAACAGCGGUAGACGUAUGACGUCAAUCGUCGCUAUUGAUGCCCUUUACUUCAAGCAAUCCUCGUUGCAAUUCAAUAUGGACAACAUAAACCGUGAGCUUAACAAGGCUUAUGUUGGAUUCGUCGGUUCUGAUAUCCUCAAGAACAAUCUGCCCGCCAUCGCAACGGGAAACUGGGGAUGCGGCGCGUUUCGCGGAAAUCCGAAAUUGAAAGUCGUGAUACAGUUGAUGGCCGCGGCGGUUGCAGGCCGAUCGAUGGUCUAUUUUACUUUCGGAGACACGAAGCUGCGAGACGACGUGGCAGCGAUGUACGCACAUUUGGUACAUCACGAUAUUGAUAUAGCGCGACUCUACUCCAUGCUGUCGGAAUACCGUCGGGAGUCUGCAUCGAGCGCUGAUUCGGAUUUUUAUCGUUUCUUGUACAACAGAAGUAGGAUAAAACCAUUGAGCAACUAUUUCCCGGCGAAGACUGAGAGCACUUCGGCGAAUAUUUCCGCCGAGUGUCUGAAGGAAACGCUACUUAAAAGAAACAAAACCGCGGGCUUAUCGAACAAAGGCGUCGAUAACAAGCGAUAUAUUUACUCGGCGGCUAAGGAGAAGGAAAUCGCCGAGGAGGAAAAGAUACUGAAUUGGCUGACAAGCUGCAAUGACGAUAGCAACGGCAAGGCUACGUGCGAUACUGAGGAUACCCGCGAUGGGAAAGCCCGGAGUAAACCAAGCGAAGAGGAUAGUCGCCGUGAAAACAGCGUUUUGCAAGACUAUAAUUUUGCAAACAACACCAGCAACAGAGAGAACGUACAAGCGGAAGAUAAGAUAUCGAAUAAGUUGGACAACAGUGCGGAUAUCUUGAAUUCGAAAGAACCCGUGGUUCCAUGUCUUAUCGACAAUCAAAACGCGUCGAAGGAGAUAAAACCUGAAUCAUCCGCAGAACUCGGCGACAGCGAAUCUAUCAAGAUCUCGAAAGACUGCGCUCCGGAAGCGUGUAAGCAAAAAUCGCUCCCGAAAAAGGGCGGCCAGAGGAAGAUCUCCGACUUUUUCCAACGAAUAUCGUGAAUGCUGAACGAGCGUUUCGAACCAAAUUAGCUUCGGCGCACUCUGUAAUUGUAAACAUUCUGUAUAAUUUGUAUAAUUUUCAACGUUCCACGUCUUGAAAGUUCCAGAGUACGUACAAUGUAAAUAAAAAUUCUGCGCAAGAUGAAA